CAAAACAGGAAAUGUACUCUAAAUUAUCAUUGCCAAUGGGUUGGCACCGAAUCAUGUGUAUAUUUAAAUAAUUCUUUUAGUUUUACUCUUUUAAGUUUAUUUUCUUGGGAAUUUUUGAACAUUUCGUUGACAUGGCGUGUUUCUUCCGACGAAGAAUAGCAGAGCAGCUUGGCAGGACCACGCAGCAGUGUGAAGAUGUAUUCAUACCAGCUUUGUCAGCUGUCCCAGUCUUCAAGAAACAGCAGACUGCUGACUUUAGGCUGUCAAUCAGUAUGUUAAGAAAUAAUGGACUUUUACCAUCCAGUGGAGACAUCCAGGCACAAACGGAACACCUGGCCCAUCAGCUAAAGCAAGAUGGCGUGGUGGAAGAAAUAGCUGCUGGAUCUGCCGUAAUUAACUUCAGAAUAAACAGCAAACUUCUUGCCCAGAAAAUCCUGGAACCUUUUGCAACGGGGGAGAACAACAAAUUUGGGCUUAAUAGUGAACUUUUAAAGUCCCUAAAGCGAGGAAUAACAGUAGUGGAGUAUAGCUCCCCAAAUAUUGCAAAAAAGUUCCAUGCUGGACACUUACGAUCUACCAUUAUAGGCAACUUUAUUGCCAACCUGAAGCAAUGUCUUGGAAACAAAGUUAUCCGGAUGAACUACCUUGGAGACUGGGGCAUGCAGUUUGGUCUGCUGGGUGUUGGUUUCAAUCAGUUUGGCAGUCAGGAGCAGUUGAAGCAAAACCCGUUACAGCAUUUGUUUGAGGUUUAUGUCAAGGUGAACCAGGAAGCGGAACACAACGAGGACAUGAGGCUGGCGGCCAGAGACUUCUUCCGACAGCUGGAACAGCAUCAGAAUCAGGCUGUGUCGCUAUGGCAACAGUUCAGGGACAUCACGGUGAGGGAGUAUCGGCACGUUUACAAGCGUUUAGGGGUCCACUUUGACGUCUACUCCGGGGAGUCUUUUCACCAAGAGAGGGUCCAAGAGGUGGUCCAGCAGCUGCAAGAGCAAGGCCUGUUGAAGACCACCGAGAAGGGGACCGGCGUUGUGGAUCUGUCAGCAGCUGGAGACAUGAGCACCUUCUCUACUGUGCUCCGCAGUGAUGGGACAAGUCUCUACAUCACCAGGGACAUUGCGGCUGCCAUUGAUCGGAGUGAAAAAUACCAUUUUGAUGAGAUGAUUUAUGUGACGGAUAAAAGUCAAACAAAUCACUUCCACCAGUUGUUCCAGAUUCUGCAGGCUAUGGGACAUUCCUGGGCUGACAGGUGUCAUCACGUGAGCUUUGGCCUAGUGCAGGGCAUGAAGACCAGAAGUGGGGAGGUGGUCUUCUUGGAGGAUGUGCUGGCCGAGGCCGGUGCCAGGAUGCUGCACAAUAUGAAGGAGUCAAAAACGACAAAAGAAAUGGACGACCCCGAAGACACAGCACAGAAAGUGGGAAUCAGUGCACUCAUAGUCCAGGAUUUUAAAGGCCCCCUUCAGUCGGACUACAAGUUUGACUGGGACAAGAUGCUCCAGGCUCAAGGUGACACGGGUGUUUUUCUCCAAUACACGCACGCUCGGAUCUGCAGUUUAAUUCGGGCCAACGACAACAUCGACACAGCUACGUUCAAUCCAUCGCUUCUGACUGAGCAGUCAAGCAUCGCCAUCCUUCAACACCUCCUCCGCUAUGACGAGGUCUUGUACCAGUCGGCCCAGGAUCUGCAACCCAAACACCUGCUCAACUUCCUGUUGAAGCUGUGCCACCUGAUCGCCUCAGCACACAGAGAGCUGCCAGUCAAAGGGAGUCCUCAGGAAGUUGCACAGGCAAGGCUACGACUUUUCAGAGGGUCCUGCUCUGUUCUGGCCAAUGGGAUGAGGAUUCUUGGCAUCACACCAGUUGACAAAAUUUACUGGGCUGCCUUGUGAUCAGAUGCUCCACUC